AUGGGCCUCUUUCGCUCGCGCAAAAAUAAGUCUUUGGGAGAACCGAGCACUGUACCGCUCGAGGAUUACGAGCAUGCAGACGAGUCGGUGAGCAAAGCCGACACAGUGGCUGCUGUCCGAGAAGCGUCGCUCGACAAAGACGCAGAAGCAAAAUUAGAAGGAGAGGCCAGCGCUGUUGCUGCUGAAGCCGAAGAUGAAUCGAAGUAUCCGACUGGUCCAAAACUCUGGUUGCUUGUGUUGGGUCUUUGCCUUGCGAUUUGGGUAAUUGCUUUGGACAACUCAAGUAAGUCUGCUUUCGUUGUCAUUGCUACAGCGAUUCCAAAAAUCACGACUCAAUGGCCUGACGCGCUAAAUGAUGUCGGAUGGAUUGGAUCUUCUUACUUGCUUACUACCACAUCGCUCCAACCGUCCUUCGGCAAGGUUUAUACCUACUUUGAUGUCAAAUGGACCUAUCUGUCGGCGCUGAUCAUCUUCGAGGCCGGUUCGGUCAUUUGUGCAGCAGCCACUAGCUCCACGAUGCUCAUCGUUGGAAGAGCAGUUGCUGGUGUUGGAGCAGCUGCUCUCUUUUCUGGAGGCAUGACUAUCAUUGGAUUUAUUGCUCCUUUGCGAAAGCGUGCUAUUUACAUUGCAUCGCUGUCUAGCAUGUUUGGAAUUGCCAGUGUGGUUGGGCCCCUGCUUGGAGGAGUUUUCACUGAUAAUGAAGGUUUUCUUUGUGUUUUACUGAUCUGUAUACAGUGCUUCUGGAUCAACCUCCCCUUCGGUGGCAUAGGUCUCGUAGCAGUGUUUUUCUUCUUCGAGAAUCCUGAGAGAAGACACACAAACAUGACCUUCAAGGAAAAGAUCAAGCAGAUUGAUCUCUUGGGCGCCUUCCUCUUGAUCUGUGCCAUCGUCUGCCUUCUACUCGCCCUGCAAUGGGGUGGUACAACAUAUCCGUGGAGUAACAGCAAGGUUUGGGGAUGUCUACUUGGUUUCGGACUGUUGAUCUCAUUCUUCAUCGCUUUGCAAAUCAAGCUAGGAGACCGAGCCACUCUGCCGCCUCGUAUCCUGGUCAAGAACCGUACAGUACUGGUCUCUGCGCUCUACGCGGCUUUCUUCGCCAUGGGAAUGUACACCCAUAUAUUCUAUCUGCCAUUCUACUUCCAAGCAGUCAAGGACACCUCUGCAGAAGGCUCCGGUAUCAGAUGUAUUGCGUACCUCGUUUCCAAUACGAUCGCUUCUAUUAUCGUUGGAGGUACAAUCACUGUCAUCGGCUACUACGCACCAUUCAUGUGGUUUGGAGCCGCCAUCUUCACCGUCGGUGCUGGCAUGCUAUAUACUCUGCAAGUCGCCUCUCCUGCUGCCAAAUGGAUCGGCUACCAACUGCUUGCUGGUAUCGGUGCCGGUUCUGCGAUUCAGAUUCCGUUUAUUGCCGUACAAGUGGUCUUGGACGAAAAGGACAUGCCUUCAGGAAACGCCAUUGCGAUCUUCUUCAACAGCUUGGGAGGUGCUAUCUCCAUCUCAAUUGCACAAAACAUCUUUGCCAACACGCUGGUCAAAGACAUUAUCAAGAAUGCACCUGGAGUAAAUCCAGCUGCUGUUGUGGCUGCUGGUGCUACUCACGUCAGAGACGUGGUUUCGGCUGCGCAAUCGCCAGGUGUAUUGCAGGCAUAUAGUCAUGCCGUGACGUCUGCGUUUGUCUUGCCUAUUGCAACCAGCGGGUUGGCCUUUAUUGUCAGCCUGUUCAUCGAGUGGAAAAGUAUCAAGGGCAAGAACAUCAUGGGUGGUGGCGCUGCUUGA